AUACGCGAUCUAUAUUCUUCCUUCUCGAAGAAUUGUAACCUCAAAAUAGAUGAUAGUUAUAUCAUUACUACCUCCGCAUAGUUGCUCAAACAUACACUUCCUACCGUUCGCACUCUCAUUUAUUGUGGCCUUAUACUCUUUCCAACAAGUCACGUACUAUAAAACAUCGGGUUUUUAAAAAUGGCAUUAGGUCGCACUUUUAAGCUCAACACGGGCUACGACAUGCCUGCCGUUGGCCUAGGAACGUGGCAAUCGAAAAAAGAUGAAGUCCGCGACGCCGUCAUCGCAGCCCUGGAAUGCGGCUACCGGCACAUCGACGCGGCAGCAGUGUACGGCAACGAACAGGAAGUGGGUGAUGGGAUCAGACAGUCUGGGGUUCCGCGGAAGGACAUUUUCCUUACCAGCAAGCUAUGGAACACCCACCACCACCCUGAGAACGUCGAAGAGGCUGUGGAUAAAUCGCUCGCUGAUUUGCAGACCGAUUAUCUUGAUCUGUAUCUUAUCCACUGGCCUGUCGCUUUCAGAUACUCAACAAACACUAUUCAGCCCGUUAAUGAACAAACGGGUCUGAUUGAUGUCGUGGAUGUUCCGAUCAAGGAUACAUGGGCUGCUAUGGAGAAGCUAGUCGAGAAGGGGAAAGUUCGCUCGAUCGGAGUGAGCAACUUUACUCGCGAGAAGAUUGAGGAGUUGUUGGAAACAUCGAAGAUAACCCCCGCAGUCAACCAGAUCGAGGCCCAUCCAUUCCUUCAACAGAAGGAUCUGCUGGAGUGGUCGACGCAGAAGGGCAUCGUGAUAGCAGGCUACUCACCGCUAGGCAACAACAUCUAUAACAUCCCCCGCGCCGUCGACGACCCUCUCGUCAUCGAAACAGCCAAGAAACUAAACAAAACCCCCGCACAAGUCCUAAUCAGCUGGGCCGUGCAGCGCGGAACAGUCGUGCUUCCCAAGUCCGUGACUCCAGAGAGAAUCGAGAGUAACUUCCAAGAUUUCAUCCUCCCCGACGACGCAUUCUCGACUAUCCAGUCACUGGAGCGACAUCAGAGAAUGAAUUUCCCGGCUAGAAUCGGAGUGGAUAUCUUCUCGGAGGUAGGUGAGGAGAGUGUGAGGAAGAGUGCGCUUGCUUGGGCGGAGGAGCAGAGGGUGUUGAAGGCGAAGGCUUAGUUCUAGAAAUCGGACAUCAGAGUUCAAUCCACGGUGAUUGGUCGUAUGUGUGGUUCUGCUGACUUGUUGCGGACGGAUGUACAUAACAAGGUAACUUGGAGAUACUUUGAUUAGAGAUAUGAUUACCUCUUUUCAACUUAAUAAGCAGUAGUGAGCCUAUCACCAAGGAUCAAA